CCUCAUUGUAUCUUCACUACUCAAACAUAUAUUCCCCCUUUCCCUAGUUUAGCUACCUACCUCAAUCUUUCUCAUGGGAAAGUUUGCCCUAGCCAAUAUCCUCUUGGUCCUUCUCUUGAACUUGAGCACUUUGCUCAAUGUUCUUGCUUGUCCCUAUUGCCCUUACCCUUCUCCCAAGCCUCCAAAAAAGCCUCCCGUUGUGAAACCACCGGUUCACAAACCACCAAAACCAUGUCCACCACCCAAGUCAUCUCCAAAACCACCCCAUGUACACCCUCCCUAUGUUCCAAAACCUCCUCACUACCCUAAACCACCAGUUCAUCCACAUCCACCCCAUGUCCCAAAACCUCAUCCAAAGCCUCCAGUGCAUCCCCAUCCACCUUAUGUCCCAAAACCACCAGUUGUGCCAGUUACACCACCAUAUGUUCCAAAACCACCAAUUGUGAACCCUCCCUAUGUCCCAAAACCGCCUGUUGUGCCAGUUACACCACCUUAUAUCCCUAAACCACCAGUUGUGACACCACCAUAUGUCCCUAAACCACCAGUGGUGCCAGUUACACCACCAUAUGUCCCUAAACCACCAGUGGUGCCAGUUACACCACCUUAUGUGCCAAAACCACCCAUUGUGAAACCACCAAUUGUUUAUCCACCAGUUGUGCCAAAACCACCAAUUGUUACACCACCUUAUGUGCCAAAACCACCCAUUGUGAAACCACCAAUUGUUUAUCCACCAGUUGUGCCAACACCACCAAUUGUUACACCACCUAUUGUGUAUCCACCUGUUGUACCAACUCCACCGGUGGUUACUCCACCCGUGGUUACACCACCAAGUCCUCCAAGUGAAACACCAUGUCCACCACCACCACCACCAGUGGUGCCAUACCCACCACCAGCACAACCAACAUGCCCCAUCGACACCCUAAAACUGGGGGCAUGUGUGGAUGUGCUUGGUGGCCUCAUACACAUUGGCAUAGGCAGCAGUGCCCAGCAGACCUGCUGUCCGGUGCUUGCAGGGCUUGUGGACUUGGAUGCUGCUGUGUGCCUCUGCACAACCAUUAGGGCUAAGAUUCUUAACAUCAAUAUCAUCAUCCCCAUUGCUCUUCAGCUUCUCAUUGACUGUGGCAAGACCCCACCAGAUGGAUUCAAGUGUGCAGAUAGUUAGUUAAUAUAUAAUUAAUUAUUAUGGAAUUGCAUAACUCAUGCAUGAAUAAAAACAAGUUGAGAAGAUCGAUGUAGUGAAGGAAUGGUCUUUCGUUUCUCUUUCAUCAAGUUGUUGUAUACCAAAGGCCAAGGACAACAUAAUUGUACUAUGACUCUAUGAGGGCCAAUAUUGGUAUACUUGUUCAAACUACAUAAUUUUCUGAUCUGCCUUGUAUACAAAGUCAUGCAAUAUUGCCAUAGCAUCUUUUUAAUUAUUUUCUCUGUUUUUCUUUGUCUAUUGCAUGUGUGGUUCUGUGUGCAUGUCAGCCUGUGUAAGCUUUCCCGUGAGUACGUUGGGAAAUGUACUAGUAAGCGAAGCUUUAGAUUUUUCUUAGAAAUGGUUAUCUUGUUUCACGUUUUCUCUUUUA